AUGAAUGCAACCAAAGUAUUUGCAGAGUCAACAAAUCAUGAAGAAUCCAUGCACGUUACCGCUCAACCCACGAAUGCGGGUAUUUUGAAUACAUUCAAGAUGUUACCUGGUGAGAAAUUCGUGAAACAAUGGGACGUGGCCCGAUGUUGUAAUAGUAAUUGCUUUGGUAGACAUGCCAUCACUCUCACUGAUUCACGAUUGCUCUCUCGCAGUGAAGCGUGUUCAUGGCUCGGCUGUCUUUGUGGCUGUUGUUGUGAUCAUCCGCAUAUUGAUUCAACUAUAAAUCUACAAAAUAUUGCUCAAAUCAGAACAUUCUCUGGCACUACUUGCUAUCUCUGGAUUUUCAGAAUAUGGAAUUGUGAUAUCUGUUGCGUACCAAAUGCCCUUGAUGUCCGUGGUUCAUUCGGAUCAGAACUUAUCUAUGUCGAUAGAAAAGAGGAAUUUGACGUUCAAGCAACGAUUCCAUUAACGAUCGCAAAGAAUGAAUCCAAACGUAAUGAUUAA